UCUGAACUCUUUGGUGACAGCAUAAAAAAUCUACCACCAUUGUUUACGAUACGAUUUACAAUUUUAUACCAAAAUAAUUUUAGAUAAUUUCAUAAUUUCAUGACAGGAUUCUAUAAAUAUUUGCGUAUUUAUUCCUGAACAAUGAACUCUAAUGGAAAGUCUGAUAAAAUAACCUUAAAUUCAUGUCAAUACACGCCAAUUUAUUUGAUACAAAACAGUAGUGUUUCCGAGGGCCGGUCGUUUGUAUUAGCCCCUACUAUUAAAGAGGACUCAAGACCAGUGAGCAACAACCUAAAAUUAUUUUACGAAAAUAGCGGGAACAUCGAAAAUAGUGUCCUUAUUGAUAAUGUGCAAUACGUCGCCAAUCCUCCCGCUGCUCCUGCUAAGAAAGUGCAGGAACCUCUCGGCAAUAACCUCAAACUUGCUAGUUUCCUUGUGCCAAAAAAAGAUGCCACUAAGGACCAGUACAUAGCUACUAUUAGCAACAAAAUCUUGAAACCAACAGUUAACUCAAGCAAUACUAAUGUCCUACCAAACAUCAAUAUCGUCACAUCCAAGCCGAAUGGCUCAAGAAGCAAAGCCAAUGCACCUCGCACACUGAUAAAUCCAAGAUUACUGCCAAAGAUAAAGCCAAAAGAGAAAAUUCCGGAGCCGUCCAAGCAAUCCUCAGUCCAUUUAUUAAAAUUAGGAGGAUCAUAUCACAGCCUUAAUCAAUUGAAUGAGCAACAGAUAAAAAUUGUAAACCACGCACUGGACAACAUUAAGCUACAAGGCAAUGCAGAGAAAGCAACCAAGCAACUCAAGCCAACUUAUGAUCCCGUCACUAAUACAAGGAUUAUUUACAAAAUCGUCUCACCCAAUGAUCUAAAAGUGAUUGGUAAAAACAAAAUAGUCCUAAAAACAGCUGCACCCAUUAAAGAAGAAACAGCUACAGAAGUAUUUGAGCAAGACAUUCAAAACCAUGGAGUGGACACAAAAAAUGCUCCUGAAGCCAAGCCUGAACCAGUACCAGAGGUAAAAGUAACAAGAAGUGGGAGGACCGUGAAGCUGCCAAAACAACUGCAACAGACUCAGGAUGAUCCCCCACCCAAAGCCAAGAAGAAAGUGGUGCAUCAGACCGUCGUCUCAUGCUUCCAAUGCUCUUCGGAGUUCCAAAGCAUAUACCGACUGCAGCGGCACUACGAAGAUCACCCGACGCACAUUCCCGCGAACUUACACACGAGCUUAUUCCACUGCCUGCUGGCGAUGGUGCAAGACGGUACCGAGGAAGAGAAAGCGUCGGUGUUCAUCAAACAACUGGAACAACUCGUGGAAAAGCUGCGGGCGCUGCUGCCGUGCCUUCUGAUGACGGUGAAUGGUGGAGAGACCACCGAGUGCACCAUUAAUGAGGAUGUUGGCAGGUUAUUCGGCAUGAAUCCAGGAAAGUACAAUAUGAACAUAGACGCACUGUCGUGUGUGAAAGAUAAAGGGGGAAGCUGUAGACAUAAUAAUGCACCAACGCAAAUUCAAAUAAAUCCAGACAUCAGCCAACCCACCCAGAUCUGGGUCACGCAACAGCAAGAAGACACUCCGGUCAUUGAGAGCGAGGGAGAAGACUGCGCUAGAAUUAACCCUGUAGAUAAAUGGCAAGUUAAAAGAAUAUGGAAGCAUAAACUGAAACAUUCAGACAGUAAAAAUGUGCAUAAGAAAAUUAAAUUAAUUUGCGAACCAGUAGAACCCCUUAUAGAGUUGGGCAGUGAGACUUUAGAUAGUUUUGUAGAUAACAGUAAACAUCAAGUUACAUUUGUUGUAGACAAAAAUGAUGUGGCAGAUGAGACUGAUAAAAGUACAAAACUAAAGGAACCUAAAAGUCUGAAAAUUAUUGACUCUAAGAAAUCGAAAGGCACACACUCACAGUUUUACAGUACGCAUUUCGAUAUACGUUCGUCGCCUAUUAAACCGUCAUCAACCGUGUUUAACAAAUUUCAAAUAAUUCCCGAUAAAAUGCCUUUGAAAUUUGAUCCACCUAUAUUGCAACCCUUGAGUUUUGAACCUCAAAAUGAACAAAAUCAAGACUCAGACAUGCAGAUACAGCACAACUCGGAAAACUCUUUAGAUCUCAAUAUAAUAUUGAAAGAGUUGACUUCGACUGAAAACCAUAGUACAAAUAUAGUUUCAGAAGAUUUAAUCACAAGUGAUAAUUGCAAAGAAAGUGAUAUUCUUACUCCUCUAACCUUUGCUAGCUCUAAAGAUUGGCCAUUGGGUGUAACCAGUGACGACCAAUCACAGGAUAACUGCAUCAAACCAAAUAGUUUAAUUGUACCUGCUAUGCUACACGUUCAAGACAGUGCUCUUAUUAAUUCUACAGAUUUUAGUACUACAGAGAUUAAUUACAAUAAUAGGGUUACAAAUUAUAAUGAAACUGCCAUUACUACAAAUGACAAUGCAGUCAGCAAUGAUACAAUAAUGUUAGAUAAUAAUCAGGAAUCCAAUCAAGGCUCCUCUGUCCUCAACUUCUUGGAAUCAUUAGGCAAUGAUUGCCUUUCCUGUCCUGAGACUGAACUGAGAAACAAUUCUAUUGACUUUUCUCUAGACUUGUUCUCAUUUAACCAUACAUAAUUUAAGAUUAAUUAGUUAAUGAAAUUGUAAGAUCAAACUAUAUGUGAUUCAUUGUAUGUAUUGUUUAAAUAUGUAUUUUGAUCAUGUCUAUGUUUUAAAAUAGUUUUAAGAGCCGAAAAUGGAAUAAAAAUAGAUAAUUUUAUUUACAUAA